UUCGCAACUCUCCACCAGCAAAUCCUGCAAACACGCCUGCAGAGAUCAGCUGUGCAUUAAGGAGCUUUAAGCUACCGGGCUGAGAUUCAUUCCUGAUUCCUCAGCAUGAUUCCUGGAGAAAAAUUCGGCUCUACCGAGAGCAGGAUGCAGACUGCUACCCUGGCUCUGGAGGAGUUGUUGGUAACAGCCCAGAAACAAGACUGCCUGACUGUUGGCAUUUAUGAAUCAGCAACACUCCUAAAUGUAGAUCCAGACAAUGUAGUUCUGUGUGUCCUGGCAGCCGACGACGAGAACGACGUGGCCGUGCAGAUCCACUUCACGCUGCUGCAGUCCUUCUGCUGCGACACAGGCAUCAACAUCCUGCGUGUCUCCGGGGUGCAGCGGCUGCGGCAGCUCCUGGGAGGUGACGAUCCCAACAGAAACCAGGUGGAGAGCGGGGACCUCCACUGCAUGCUGGUUACGAACCCUAAAGUGGAUCAUUACAGACUACAGGAAGUGGGCACCUACUGCCAGGAGAGUCGGCAACUCCACCAGUGGGUGCCAGAACUGGUUCUGCAGGAACGCUGAAGCAAACCCUCAGAACUUUUCUUGACCAGAUACUAAUAAAGUGAAGGAUCUUGAUGCUGGAGCAUCCACAGCCUUGAGUGGACUCGUUCUGCUCCAACGUUCAGGCUGUCAGCAAACAGGAGCCAGGACCACCCAUUUUCAGUCGCCAUGAAAAAGUUGGAGAACAAAAACUAAGCUUCUAAUAUUAGCGUCUGUCUGGAACAUGAUGGACAUAAAUCAUUUAACAGAAGCAGUGACUGAUAGUAAUUUGUUCACACCCAGCUCAUACCUGGGAGAUAUGUGUGCUUACUGUCUGGACAGGAAUGUUGUAACAGUGAAACUACUGUACACCCAACAUUCCUGAGUGUCCGGAUUUGGGAGAGUCUCUGCAGAGGUGUGUGUGUGGUGUGCAUGCACAGUAUUUGUAUCUUUCUUUAGAAAAGAAUGGGUGUGCAGCGAAAGCCUUCUUUUGCGAUGAGCAGCUGAACCUGUGGAGGAGUGGUCUCCAUGGAAACUGAAAUGGAAAUCAUAACAACACCCAGGACUUUCUGGAAUUGCAAAACCAAAAACCUGCAAAAAAAAAAAAAAACAUGGAAUAAACAUGCUCAGGACAUAACGUGUUUAUAUUUGAUGCUAAAUACAGGAGGAUGCAGAAUGACUUGUGUUCUGGUGUAACAAGUCUGUCAUGAAGAAAACCCACCAAGCCUUUAAAAAUGUUGCCUUCUUUGAUAACACAAGUGGUUUUGUUUAUUUAUUGUAUUAGUUUUGCAACUGUUUGUGGUCUGUUACUUGUUUUUUCUAAUUUAUUAAAUUUUCAGAUUGUGUAACGAG